UGAAUGUUUUACAGGUUCUAGAGCUGUUGAUGCUCUAUUGGAAUCAACAUUUGCAACAAAUGAGGAUCCACUUUUCAAAUCCAGAGAGGAAAUAUGUGAUUAUCUUCACAUAAUGCUGACACAUAAGUUUUUUCAUAGAGCACGUAAAGUUCCAGUUGAUGAACAAGAAUUGAAAAGCAAGAAAGGAAAGAAGAAAGAAAAAGAGAAGAAGGACUCAGGUGAUGAGGAGAAAAAAGAAAAAGAUAAAGGAACAGAUGCUGAAAGUAGUGUUGUUGAGGGAAACAAAGAACAAAAACCAGAAAAAGAAAAGCGCAAGAAAAAAAUCAGAUUGGAAAUGCAUAAUGAUCAAAGAUUUGUUGACACUUUAGAUGCUUAUGUUUGGAUAUACGAUCCUAUUCCCUUCCAUUAUUGGAUAAUUGGUACUUUAUUGGUGUUGGGUGCUAUAGGAGUCUGCCUCUUUCCAUUAUGGCCUCCAUCUGUAAGGUUAGGGGUGUAUUAUCUGAGCGUGGCCGCAGCAGGAUUUUUGGUAUCAAUUAUAAUUUUAGCGGUUAUUCGGCUCAUAAUAUUUUGUUUGAUAUGGAUACUGACUAUGGGUAAACAUCACUUGUGGAUCUUACCAAAUUUGACAGAAGAUGUUGGAUUCUUUGCAUCAUUUUGGCCCCUUUAUACAUACCAGUAUAAAGGUGACAAAACCAGUAAAAAGGGGAAGAAGAAAAAGAAAGAUAAGGAUUCUGAUGCAGAAGAAGAAGGUGAAGAACUUAAAGACAGAUCUGACAAAGAGUCUGUACCUUCCAAUUCAGGAGUUGUUGAAGUUGACGAAACUGCUGCUGGUACAGUAAAUGAUCAAAGUCCAGUAGAUAAUUUGAAUGCAUCGGAGAGCGAAAGCGAAUCCAGUCAGAGGUCAAGUACAGGAAAAGAUUUCGAAAUGGUAGACCAAGAAGAUUUGGAAUCUUAAGGUCAUCUCUCGAUGAAUCAGAGUAUAGUUUGAAUUUUCUUAACUUUGCACAUUUAAAUUAUGGUAAGGAGUACCUUCCUGAAUAGUUGUGCUACAUUAAAAUAGUUGUCCAUUUAUUUUCAUAAAAAUGGGUCUCUAUAAAAGUGGUGAUCUUCCCUUCUUAGUAUAAUUUAUAUUUAUUUUUUACAGUGUGGUUUUUUGUAAAUAGUUUGAAUAAACAAUAGAGAGGUAUUGUAGUUUUAGAAUCAUUUAAUAUUGGGCUUAGGAAUGCAUUUUAUUUUUCUUGAAUAUCUUUAAGUUUUGUUGGUUCAAUACCUCACAAAUGAGAUUAGGGUCACUGGAUUUUAUCAUAUUUAUAUAUCUUUUUUCUGAUUGGUGCUAAUAAAAUAUUUCAAAUGUUUGCUAUGAAGUCAUUUAUUAUCAAUUGUUGCAUUUAAUAGUUGUAUUAUUCCCACAUGAUAUAUUCUACAUAAUAAAUAUAUUGUACAUAUUA